GAAGUCCAACCGGCUCUACCAGGUCUCGGUUGGUCAGUGUCUCUCUGUCGCUCAGCCGGUCGGGCCCAAGGGUUACGUCUCCAUGGCGAUAUGUGACGCCUCGCAGGGACAGCAGUGGCAGCUGGAGGCCUGAUGACAUCAUAGCACUGUGUGACGGACGGAUUCAGUCCGGCGUUGAUGGACCCUUUAAAUCUUUUGUGUUUUUACGGUUUUAGUUUUUUUUCUCUCAGGACGACUUUUAUUAACCAGCAGCUUUUAUUUGAUUUUAUGUUUUUAAAAAGUCAUUUUAGUUUGAAAGGGUCCCGGUUUCACUUUCUGGAGGGAUGAUGGUCACAUAGUCCGGAAAGAGCCUGAAAUAUUCAGAGGUCUGAAGUUUGUGGCACUUUUUGGCUGAUUUGUGUUUCCGUUAGAACAACCAGAGCCGGAGCGUGCCCUGUUGGCGGCGCUGGCGUCUUGCGUCUCUGACCCUCAAACUCCACCGGGCUACAGCAGCGACGCGUUCCAGCUGCACCGCGGUAGCCACAGCCGAUGGUGCCCUUCUAGCAGAAUUCCCACGCUUCCUGGAAAACCUGGAAAUUUAUGAAAAUGACCAGAAUCCUGGAAAUAAUCUAUGUCGUCCUGGAAAAGUUUGUUUUUAAGAUUCCGAUAAUCAGAAUCAUUAUUAGUUCAUAUUAUUAUUGAUCACAUUGGGGUAAAUUAAAGUUCAGCUCAGAGACUGCAACCCGUUCUAGCAGAGCCCCCACGCUUCCUGAAACCUGGAAAACCUUGAAAUGAGACUAGUUUUCCAGUGGUGGAAACAGCUGGAAAUGGUCAGUGUUGUCCCUCAGACUGAAGCAGGUUCACAGACGUAGAACCGUCUGAAGUCAGUGCGCCGGAGAGACCAGAGGGUCGGCAGAGAGCGCCACGAGUAAACGCCGACCGGUAGACGUAUCGGUGCUGGACCUACAGGGUUUGUGAGUGCUGUGAAAUCUCCUAUAAAAUGAUGUAAAAAGAGCGGGAACCCUGAUCUCUGCGUCAUAAAGCCGAACCCUGUGGAGCUCCAGGGUUUCAUCUUCUGACUGAACUGAAAUAUCCACAGAUAGAAAGAUGGCCAACAUGAAUCCAGACCGCUACCUCUAUAAACGAAGGCGGUUUAUUUUAGAAUCAUUUUGGUUUUAAUUACUUUUUGGAAGUUAUAAAAAGAGGGUUUCAUAUAAUGACUGACAGCUGAGCCCUGUGUGGCGUAUGGGCGGGACCUCGAUACGGUGCCGAUGACCCUGAUCACUAGUGCACUGACCCUGGCUUUGUUUCGGUACAGUGGGAGGAAGUGGAGAUGGUGGCCAUCUUUAAUCUUUGUGGAUGGUUUGGUUCUUUCAGAUGUUCGCUGUCAGUUCUAUGAGUCCAACAUUUCAUAAUAAAGUCUUUAAAACAAC